AUGGUCUCCACGGUCAAGGAAGUGACUGCUCCAGGGGAGUCCCAGAACAUGACGACCGACCCUCUAGAAACAAAGCCGAUAUCAGUCCCAGCACCUCCAACAGAAAACACCCAGGACACUGCUGACGAUCAUGCCGCCAACCUCGAUCUGACUCAAAGCGUCCCUGUGGUUGUCCCAUCACCUCACCCGCUUUCACGCAAUAGCAGCGACGGCAAAACCACCGAAGGCCAAUCCCUCAGUGGCUUGGCCCCAGAGAUCCUCCUCGAGAUCAUCCACCACCUCGACGCUCCCUCUCUGGUCUGCCUCGCGCUGACCUCUCACAGAUUUUACACCCUCAUCCUGCAACAUUUCCAAGUCACCCGCCUCAGCAAGCUCUGUCCCAAGAAUGUCCGCGCUCCGAUCCCCCGCACCCUUCGAGCACACGCAUACAACAUACUCGCACCCGACACCGAGGCCGCAAGCAAAGGGUGGCGCGUGGAAAAUCUCACCUUUCCACCACCAUCUUCCACACUCCAGGGUGGCCUGGUAUAUUGCAUCUCAAGCGCCAGCCUUCAGCGAAGGAUCGGUACUCAUCCAGACACCACCCUCCAGCGGAGGAUCGGUACUCGAAUUUCCACCAGUCUGCCCAAUCUGCCCAAUCUGCCCAAUCCCCUCGCUCAUCGUAUAGUGGCCGCAACCUCCCAUGUCCGGUGCAAGAAUGUCGAGCAUAUCUCGACUGGUGCACCCUCCAGGGCCGCGAAGAGGGUGGGGAAGUAA